ACCACUGUGAUGAUACAGUGAAUGGGUUAUAAUUGAAGGGAAAUGCAUUGUUAUUGGUUUAGUAGUAUAAACCCACAUUAACCGGCAAUCAACUAGUUAAGGUUUCAAGAUCUGUGUCGUAAAUUUGCGACAUUUGUGACAAUGACGGAAAAACCGUGAAGAGAAAAAACCCAAAUAGAAAAUUUCGUUCUUUAUCUCCAGCAACAAGAUUACUUAUUGCCGUAAAUACAGACUAAAGCAAUAGAUAUGUCCGAGCCAGAUUCGUUGAAGGAUGACGUUGUACCACAAGCCAAUGAGAAAAAGGUGGAUGGUGAUUUAAACGUUGGAAGCGGAGAGACAACGCUGGCUGCUGAAGUCUCUACAGAAAGCCAGCAAGAACAAGACAAAGUUGCCGGAAAAGCAUCAGACAAGCAAUUAAUCGAACCAGAAGAGAAAUCCAAAGAGAAAGAGAAGGAGAAGCAAACCACAGAAUCUUUGCACGAUGGCGCUAUUCCAGAAAAUGAGGAUGUUGAAGAAAAGCAAGUUGACGACAUUGUAGAGGUAGUCAAACAAGAAGACGAAGAAACAAACUUAGAAAAGCAAGAUAAAAUCAAACAAGAAGAACCUGAACCAAUGGAAAUAGAUGAAGUUGAAGCAAAGGACGAAAAUUUAGAACUGGUAAGUUCAGAAAUUGCCAAAGACGAAACAACCUCCGGAGAACCCAAGAAGCAUGAAGUUUCUAAUGGUGAAGAAGUCGAACCUCCACAUAAGAAAAUAAAACUAGAAGAACAAUCCAAUGGAAUCAAUGAAAACAAGAUUGUCGUUGUUCCACCCACAAAGCCACACUUAUUCUAUACACCUUUGAAAACAGGUUUAGUCUACGACGUUCGUAUGAGAUAUCAUGCCAAGAUCUUUACUUCAUACUUUGAAUACAUCGACCCACAUCCAGAAGAUCCUCGACGUAUCUACAGAAUCUACAAGAAACUUGCUGAAGCAGGACUUAUUCAAGAUUCGUCUCUUUCAGGCGUAAAUGACAUUGGACCCCUUAUGCUCAAGAUCCCCAUCAGAGAAGCUACAGCUGAGGAAAUCUUGGAAGUACAUUCUGAAUCUCAUCUCAAGUUUAUUGAAUCUACUGAAACUAUGACUCGCGAUCAAUUGAUGGAAGAAACCGAAAAAGGUGACUCGAUAUAUGUGAAUAAUGAUUCUUACUUCUCCGCAAGAUUGUCGUGUGGAGGAACAAUUGAAGCCUGUAAAGCAGUUAUUGAAGGAAGAGUUAAGAACUCUUUGGCAGUAGUUAGACCUCCAGGUCAUCAUGCUGAGCCCGACAGCCCUGGUGGAUUUUGUUUGUUUAGUAAUGUUGCAGUUGCUGCUAAAAACUUGUUGAAAACGUACCCGGAAUCCGUCAGAAAGAUUGUGAUUAUUGAUUGGGAUAUCCAUCAUGGUAACGGUACUCAGAAAUCCUUCUACAACGAUCCUCGAGUUCUUUAUAUCUCAAUGCAUCGUUAUGAAAAUGGCCGUUUUUACCCUGGAACCAAAUAUGGAAACAGUGACCAAGUCGGUGAAGAAGAAGGUGAAGGGUUCAAUAUAAAUAUCCCAUGGCGUAGUUCUGGUAUGCAUGAUGGUGAUUAUGUCUAUGCUUUCAACAAGGUUAUUCUCCCCACAAUCAUCGAAUUCGAUCCUGAUUUAAUCAUUGUCAGCUCGGGGUUUGAUGCCGCUGAUGGGGAUAUCAUUGGUGGUUGUCAUGUGACCCCUGCUGGUUAUGGAUACAUGACUCACAUGUUGAAAGGAAUUGCCAAGGGGAAGUUGGCGGUUAUUUUGGAAGGUGGGUAUAAUUUAGAUUCCAUCAGUAAGAGUGCUUUGGCCGUGGCUAAAGUGUUAGUGGGUGAACCUCCUGAGAACACUAUCUCUAUGCAACCGCAUUUGGACGCCGUUGAAGUUGUGGAUGAAGUUAUCAAAAUUCAAGCCAAAUAUUGGAAGUGCUUGAGACACGGUAUUCCAAGCACGAGUUUUGACGAUGUUUUUGAUUUACCAGACGAUACCAAUUACAAGUUGGUUAAUAUUUCUGAUACAAUCAGAUCACAUCAAAAUAAUGAAUUAUUCAACAAAUAUUCGUUUAUUAAUAUUCCCAUCAUUGGCACACUGGGCUCUCCAUCUGAUGACAAGGGGGCGUUCACGGUUGAUUUACCGGCCCAACUUGAAGACAUAAUCAUUGCUAGUCCCGAUAUUCAUAACUGUACCACAAUCAUACUCCUGAUUCACGAUCCUCCUGAUAUUUGGGCUAACAUUCACCCAGUAAGUGGGACAAUUGAGGCUGGAUCAUCUGUGAUUCUCGAACAUCCACUCACGAAAAUAAUCGACCGCGUAGCUAAAGAAGAAUCAGCGUCGUCAGAGAGAAUUGGUUAUAUCGACAUCAAUAUCCCAUCAUUCCCGCUCCCUAUUCCUAGUUUCACCAAGUCGCCAAGUUCCAGCUACAAUCCUACUAUAUUCGCGCAAGAGUUGUUGUUAUACAUUUGGGACAAUUACCUUGCAUAUUUCUCAGUCAAGAAGCUUGUGUUUGUAGGGUUUGGGGAUGCAUACCAGGCGAUAGUACAUCUCUUUGGUAAGCGACCACUGAGUGAUAUUAAAGAGUUGGUCAAGGGAACAAUUGCUUUUGUUAAUAGGACGACCUUGAAGCCAUUAGUCCCCGUGAUGGACGAGAGCAUGGUGGAUUGGUACUAUCAGAACUCAGUCGUGUUCACUAGUUGUUUGAACCCAUGUUGGAGUGGUGUCAAUGGGAACGGUAAGGAUAUGGACGAGACCAAGAGACCAAGAAGGAAAUUCGGGCGAGUUUUGAAAGCUAGUGGCGAUGGGUUGUAUGAUGUUAUUCAAGAGCGAUUCGAUGAAGGGGUGGAUUUUAUUUUGGAUUCGAUUGAAGAUUAUUCAUCGGAGGAGAGUAACAAUUAGAUAACUAUGUAAAUUUUAUGUACUAUUAAUACGAAAAUAUGAAGUCUAUUUAAACAUAGCUAGGAAACCUUUUGGCAAAUUGCUGUUCUAAAACUUCAAUGUCUUCGUCAUACUCGUCACUAUCUUCUUUACUCCCUUGUAAAUAAGCCGGCUUCCUAGGCUUGGGUGGUUUCUUCUUUUUCGUUUUGUUAAGACGAUGUGAACUUAACGCUAACGGUAUUUCAGGAGGUGUAAGCGAUUUCUUGGACGAUGAUUGUGCAAUCUUGACAGAAUCAGAACUUACAUUGAUUGCAUCAAUGUCCUCGCCGACAUUACCGCCUGUGAAUCUGUCAUAUCCACCAGCCAGUUUCGUGGUCUUUUGUGAGUCACUAAAUAACAUUUGUAUUCGUUUUUGGAUGGAUAUUUUCUGGAGUGGUUCUUGAGUUUGGACUGAUUCCAAAGAUUUUCUUGAUUCCUUUUGUUUGCCUCCAGUAUGUUCACCAGUGAGUGUACUUUUGACUAUUUCUAUAGCUUCACUUCCAAGAGUACCAAAAGUUCCCAAGACAUUCUCACCUGCUCUUCGUACAUUAUCAAAGGGUGUAUCUGCUUUUCUUUCUCUUGAUUUCAAAAACUCAAGUGUUCCAUUGGUAUCAUUUUCAAAUUCAAAUGUAUGCUGUUUGGGAAGUUCUGCCUUGACAUGAUCGUGGACAGACGGUGAAGACUUGUUUCCAUGUGUGUACACUCUCGAGGUACUUUCUUCCGAAUAGAAUGCGGAAAGGGGACGUGCUGGUGGUCGUGGUGGAUUAGAAGUGAUCUUUUGACGAGUGAGUUUGUCAAGCAUGACUGAUUUAUCAAGCAUAAAUGGAUCAGUAGGUUGGUUGCCAUUGGGUGCCUCAAUUUUCUUGGCUGCAAUUUCCAGUUUGCUUGAGUUGGUAGGCGCAAGAACGGGUUUUAUAGGACCACGAGGUGGUUGCUUAACAUUUGCAGCAGAUUCAGCUUUGAUUUGUUCCCGGACACUGUAUGGGAUAACAUCUGGGAUGGGAACGCCCUUCAUGGCACAGAUCUCACCUAGUAACUGGAUGGCAUUUGGUCUUCGUCUUGGAUCACCACGGAGACACACUUUAAUGACGUUCUUCAUUCUAUGAGAAAACAUCAGUCCUGGGGCAUCACGGAAUCUCAAAGUUUCUCCACAGUUUAGAAUCGUAUCUUCCAAUUCCGAUAAACUUGUCUGGCUUGGGUGUUCAAAUGGAGUUGUAUAGUAACAUAAUUUGUACAAAAAGAUCCCCAAAGCCCAUAUAUCCAGCUUAUCGUCGAUGGGGAACCCCUUAGUCAAGUCAAUCAUUUCCGGAGCACGAUAUUGCGGGGUUGUAUGUUGUUGUAAUUCAUCUCUUAGAAGUUGCAAUUCUUGUGGGGAUUUAGGUGGUGGCUGGUAAGGUACAGAACUUCCAAAAUCACAUAGUUUGAAUGUUCCCUUGCCGUCAAUCAAGACGUUUUCAAUCUUGAUAUCUCGAUGGAUCAACGGAGGACGAAGGUUAUGACACAUGGCAACCCCGAUAGUUACUUGAUACAUGAUAUCGACAAUUUCUGGCUCGGUCAACUUGUUAACCAAUCUGGUAUUCAUAAAAUCGAUCAAUCCCUUACGUUCACAGUACUCCAUAAGCAAGAACACUUCGUACUUCUGGGUAGAGUCAUUGUCCAGUUUGGGUAACCUGGCAGCAUGCGAAUCGAUAUAUGAAACUAUGUGCUUGUUACCACGUAACCGUCUCAUAGCAUCUACUUCUUGUCUCAAAAGUGACAAUUGCCAUUUGCUAGGAACAACUACUCGUUUCAAACAUGCAAUGGAAGACCCGUGGAACGGUGGAUCAACGGUACAGGUAUACACAUGAGCAAACCCACCUUCAGAGAUGUAUUUGAUUAUGGAGAUUUGGUGGAUCCCUACUUCAAGGUUAGUCCCUGGGGUAAGGGCAUUUGGUGGUGGGGUAGGCAUAGUUAAUGAAUUAUAGCUAUUAAAUGCUAGAUGAAAGCUUGGGGGGUUUAAGCUGGAUUGGAUGGUUGUAUGGUUAUGUGU